GACAGGGGAAAGAGCAUGGAAAAACAUGACAAAAGACACAUUUGGCCCUGUUUUCUUCCUGUAGGAGUAGAUUUUAAGAUCAAGACGGUGGAGCUGAGAGGGAAGAAGAUCAGGUUGCAGAUCUGGGAUACAGCUGGUCAGGAGAGGUUCAACAGUAUAACCUCAGCCUACUACCGUGGGGCCAAAGGCAUAGUACUGGUCUAUGACAUCACCAAGCAGGAAACGUUUGACGACCUUCCCAAGUGGAUGAAGAUGAUCGACAAGUAUGCUUCAGAAGAGGCAGAGCUGCUGCUGGUGGGGAACAAGCUGGACUGUGAGACGGACCGCAUCGUCACUAAACAGACUGCGGAGAGGUUUACCUCCAGGAUAUCUGGGAUGCGUUUCUGCGAGGCUAGUGCCAAGGAUAACUUUAACGUGGAGGAGUGCUUUCUGAAACUAGUGGACGACAUUCUAGCAAAGAUGCCUCUAGAGAUUCCCAACAGGAAGCUCUCCAACAGCAUCCUGUCUCUGCAGCCUGAACCAGAAGUGCCUCCCGAGCUCAACCCGCCACGCAUGCACUGUUGCUGAGAUGACUCCCCUCUCAACUCUCCACCACAUCCCCUCGACCACACCCCCUCGACCA